AUGGGGACACCCCCAGAACCUCAUGGAACCAAGGAGUCCAUGAUGACCCAGCGGGGCUGCAUGGAGCCAAUGGCCCAUGGUGACACUGCCCAUCCAAGGAGGGCAUUUGGACACUGCGGAAGCUCAUGGAGCCAGGAUUUCCCAUUCCGAAACCUUAGCUGGAUGGAGGAGGAGGUUGUGAGGAAGAGGAUGAUUUCCCAGUACAACCAGGCAAGUGAGGAGGAAGUCAGUGCCCCUUUCCCCCUCUCUCCUGCUCCAUCUCCCAGCCCAGCACAACUCCUGGCUGCAGGACAACCCCACUGCCGACACCGUCCUGCCGGGGAUGCACUGGGGGGAUCUCCUUGCCCUUCCCUCUGGCACGGAGGCAAAUCCCAUCCUCUCCUUGUCCUUCCUCCCCCAGACAGGGAGCUGAGGAUGGAGACCAGGGGUGACAAAUCCCCACAGCAGAACCUCAUGGAAGAGGCCGUUUUGAGCAGCUCCAUGGCACAUGAAUCCAACAGGGAGGAAAAGCCGCAGAGAUCCCACAGGAGGACGGUCUGCAAACCCAGCCCAAGGUGCUCUGAGGAGGAAAGACCCACCCUGUGCCAGGAAGGUGGACAGAGCUUCAGCCAAAGCUCAGAGCUGGUGGUCCAUGAGCAGCUUCAUGAUGGGGAGAAGCCCUACAAGUGUUUGGAGUGUGGGAAGAGCUUUGGGUGGAGCUCCCGCCUGAUCCGCCACCAGAUGAUCCACACUGGGGAAUGGCCCUGCGAGUGUGGGGAAUGUGGGAAGGACUUCAGCUGCAGCUCCGCCCUCAUCACCCACCAACGCAUCCACACUGGGGAGAGGCCCUAUGAGUGUCUCGAGUGUCCGAAGAGGUUUCAGACCAGCUCCAGUCUCCUCCAGCACCAGCGGAUUCACAAAGAUAAGAUGCCCUUCCGCUGCUCCGAUUGCGGGGUGAACUUCAAGAGCAACUCCCACCUCAUCACCUACCGGCACAUCCUCACCAUGGAGAAGCCCUACGAGUGUGGGGAAUGUGGGAAGAGCUUCAGCCAGAGCUCCUACUUGAUCCACCACCAGAGGAUCCACACUGGGGAAAGGCCAUACAAAUGUGGGGAGUGUGGGAUGACCUUCACCCGAAGGUCACAACUUAUCAUCCACCAAAUGAUCCACACUGGGGAGAGACCCUAUGAGUGUCCCCACUGUCAGAAGAGGUUUCGGAGCAGCUCAGGUCUCCUCCUGCACCAGUGGAUUCACACAGAGGAGAGGCCCUUCCGCUGCCCUGACUGCGGGAAGGGCUUCAAGCACAAAUCUGCCCUCAUCACUCACUGGCGCAUCCACACUGGGAAGAGGUCCUACGAGUGUCCCCAGUGUGGGAAGAGCUUCUCAGACCGCUCAUUCUUUACCCGACACCACCAGAGGCACCAGGAAGGGAAGCCCUGCGAGGGCCCUGCCUGCGGGAAGAGCUUUGUGCACUGCUCCAACUCCAUCCCCAUCAUAGGACCCACACUGGUCAGAGCCCUGGUGACCCACAUUCCCUGUGAUACACAGAGGGAAGUGACUGGUGUUCUUUUUAUUUUUCCUCUAGUUAUCUUUUAUCUUCCUCCCUUCAAAACAGAAAAUUGGGGUAAAAAUAAACAAAUUCAUCAAAGGCAUCUCACCUUUUACUUGUGCUCCACCCCUGGCUGCCAUGACACUUCUGGCUUCCACAUCAGUGGAGCUGGAAGUGGCCAUGAUGGUGACCGGAAGGCAGCCAUCUUGGCUGCCAGCCGCCCACGACACUGGGCCACACUGGUUGCCCAGAAGCACCGCUCCUCUGCCAGCAGGCCCUCCUCCUCAGCAGCAGACAGUGAUUCCCCAGACUCGAACACCAAGCCUGAGGAUCACUGGGCAGGGGGUGGAGACUCUGACCCUGACAUAAUCGACAGGAUCGUCUACCCCUCCUCUGGGACGUCGACUCACCUGGGAGUAGUGGCGGCGUUGCGAACCCCGUACCCCGACCCCCUUAGGCUAUCUUUUAAUAAAGGCCUUAUCAAGAAAGGAGCACAAGGUCUCCUGACCCUUUUAUUAUUUACAUCAAUUGGGGGCUCGUCCGGGAUCGGCCACGCCCACGAGGACCCAGGAGGACUGGCUAUCCGCCUCGGACCCUCGGUGGUCAGCUGGCCACAUCCAGAUGGUGAAGACAGCCUACGGAGAGAGUCAACGGCUGAAGAGCGCCGGAUUGGUAAGACCUCCGGCGGCGGGAUACAGGAGGCGAGUGAGUGUGUGCGCGAGUGA